GUGAAACCUCUUUUGACGCAGGAGAAAUGGCAAAUUUGAAGUACGUCAUUAACAUGGCGCCAAAAGAUUUUUCCCUGUGAGGUUGCUCGCUGCUUGUGCUCGGAGCUCGUGCCUGGCUAGGGCCGCGACAGGUUCCGCGGAAAGAAGAGUUUAGCGAGAGAGAGAGAGGGGCAGUAGAAGUGCAACUAAUGAGCCCAACUGGGAUGAAGUGAAGGCAAAACAGGGGAGGAGGAGGAGGGAAGUGAUGGGGGGAUAAGAAAGUGGGCUAGGGAGGGGGAGUCAAGCCAUACUUUGGAGGAAAGGGGUGAAAAGAAAAAAAGGGGAGGGGGAAUUCGAAGGAAAAAAGUGUUUUGCUGGGGAGGGAGAACCAUUGCGAAACCAACCUGAUCUGACUUGUAGUGCAACCCGACACUGCAGCCUUUUUUAUUUUCUAACGUAAUUUAACUAUAUCUUGUCACAAACACAUCAACGAUUGUCAGCCGGAGCCCCAAUCAGAGAGAGAGGGACCCAGGCAACACCCCCCUCCCCUACCUGCUCCUACAAGCGCCCAAACCCCCAUCCAGCGUGAGACUGCCAUAGGACUGAGUGCAAAGUAUAAGCCUUGCAGCACCCACCCCCUUUACGAAGGCUGCAACCAUUCAUAUCAACAUACACACACACACGCACCUCAGGAUGGCUACAUGCAUCCUCCACACAAACCCAGCGAGGAAGUGACAACGCGCUGCCAAUUGAUACGGGAUUGAGGAACGUCCAUCUCAUCACUGCGGGGAAGCUUUAUUUCUGCGUGACGUCCAUGAAGUUACUUUGGAUCCACUCCUAGUAGGGAAAGGCUGGGGAAACAGUCUCUGGAUACACUCUGCAAUGGUACGCACCGCACUUUCUCUGGGAGGCUCAUGCUCUUUUCUGGGUUCCCCCCCACCCCCGUUGGAUCCUCCCCUAUUUUAACCUGAGCUAAUCUCACCGGUGCAGAGAAUCCCCCACAGCACAGCAAGAUGGAAGAAAAACGGAGAAAAUUCUCUUUAAGCAGCGAUGACUCUGAUACCACUGACAGCCACAUGACGUCCUCAAGAGGUUCCAAAGUCCCAGCUACCAAAACUACCUGGACAAGACAAAAAGAGAAGAAACCCUCUGAGGUUUUCCGCACGGACUUAAUAACGGCUAUGAAAGUCCCAGACUCGUUCCAGUUCGGCCCAGAUGAAUUCUACAUACUAGCUGAUCCUUGGAGGCAGGAGUGGGAGAAAGGGGUCCAGGUGCCAGCAAGUUUAGGAACCGUACCUCAACCAGAAGUUAGGUUUGUUCACGAUAUUGAGGAUUGUCCUCCACUGAUUACACCUCACUCAUUAGGUGAAACUGAGUAUCCAAGAAGAUUCCAGACCCCAUUUCGGUCAUCAUGUCGAUAUGACCUUGAUGAGAUUGAUACUUGCUGGUUGGAACUUGUUAACAUGGAAUUCAAAGAGAUAGGCCUGCCAGAGUUAGACGAACUUACUUUGGAGAGGGUGCUGGAAGAAAUGGAGAUACUCUGCUUUGAAAACAUGAAUGUAGCCAUUGAGACAGAAGAAGGAUUGGGUAUUGAAUAUGACGAGGAUGUCGUCUGUGAUGUUUGCCGGUCGCCUGAGGGGGAGGAUGGGAAUGAGAUGGUUUUCUGUGACAAAUGUAACGUCUGUGUACACCAGGCUUGCUAUGGAAUUCUGAAUGUUCCAACAGGAAGUUGGCUGUGUCGGUGUUGUGCCCUUGGAGUGCAGGCGAAAUGUUUGCUUUGCCCAAAGAGAGGGGGUGCUUUGAAGCCGACAAGGAGUGGGACAAAGUGGGUUCAUGUCAGCUGUGCCUUAUGGAUACCUGAAGUUAGUAUUGGAUGUCCAGAAAAAAUGGAGCCUAUUACUAAGAUUUCACACAUCCCACCAAGCAGAUGGGCAUUAUCUUGCAGUUUGUGCCGAGAGUGCACUGGAACAUGCAUUCAGUGUUCCAUGCCAUCGUGCAUAACUGCUUUCCAUGUUACCUGCGCCUUUGACCACAACCUGGAAAUGCACACUACCUUAUCUGAAAAUGACGAAGUAAAGUUUAAGUCUUUCUGCCUGGAGCACAGUAGCAGAACCAACAAAGCUGAGGACCAACGUGGCCAAAGACCAUCUUCCUCUGUUGCUCAGGUUGAAGUUGACCAAACCAAACAGGAUCUGGAAAAGGCGACCCUUAGAAAGCAGAAACUCAUGGAGCUGGAAGAUGACUUUCAUGAGCUGGUCAAACCAGAAGACGUGGCUGAAAAUCUUGAUAUGAAAAAAAAUCUGGUAGACUUUAUUUACCAGUACUGGAAAUUAAAGAGAAAGUCAAAUUUCAACAAACCUCUCCUAAUUCCAAAAACAGAUGAAGUAGACAAUUUGGCUCAGCAAGAACAAGAUGUGCUUUAUAGAAGGCUAAAGCUGUUUACACACCUCAGACAAGAUUUGGAGAGGGUAAGAAAUCUGUGUUAUAUGAUCACCAGGAGGGAGAAGAUGAAGCAAUCCAUAUGCAAAAUAGAAGAGCAGAUUUUUCAGUUACAGAUGAAGCUGAUUGAGAAAAAUCUUCAAAACGGGAGUCAGCGACGCCCAUUUGAAAGCUGCAAAGAGUCAGAAGAAAAAGAGAAAUCACAGAAAAAGUCUAAAGCCAGAAAAACUGAUGCUAAGAGGAGAGGGCGUGAUGGUGAAAAGGGUGUUCCGGAGAAGAAAGAGUCUUUGAAAACUGGUAAUGAUUCUGUUUUGGAAGAAUUGGGCUUGUCAACAUCCUUCCCUAUAGAUGGGACAUUUUUCAGCAGCUGGUUGGCCCAGUCUGUUCAGAUCAGUACAGAGAAUAUGAAAAGAAGUCAGUGGUCUUUAAACAAUGGUCGCCAUGAAAACAACACUUCAGGGCUCCUUUCUGAAGAGCUGUUGCAAGAUGAGGAGACCCUGUUAAGUUUCAUGAUGGAUAAUUCACUGAAGUCUUCUUUCAAGCAGACUGAAACUAUAAGGAAACUGAAAACUAAAACCAGAAUGAACGGUAAAAAAAAAAUGCCAAGAAGCAGCCCAAGUAACAUUUUUAAGUGUCAUAAAGAUUUAAUGGAGUGGAAUAAUAUGAAGUGUUUGCCAGAUCAGAUUGAGAAGCCAAGUAACCAGAAUUCUAAAUCUAGUAGAAAUGGUAAAGGAAUUGCCAAGGUGCAGGUGGACCGCAAGGGACCUAGUGAGAAAAAGGCUUUGAAAAAGGGAUCAACACUUUCACCUGCUCUGAAACCCAAUGGCUCUGAUGCGUGUUCUUUAACCAACGGAGAGAAAACCAUUAAAUGUGCUCAACCCAAGUCUGAUUCUCUAGUCAAAGUGCCUGCCUCACUGGGUUGUCCGAAAACAGCGGUGAGGUUUAAAUUACCAAAGGGAGUGGAAACAAGAUUGGAAUCCAAAAUGGAGGCCUCUGAAACUUCUAAUAGACCUAAUGUCACUAAAAUGUCCAAGCUUAACUGCCAUUUGGAUGAGACUGAUGGCUACUAUUCAGAUGCAGAAAUGACCGACUCAGAGGAAGAGUCCAGUGAAGGAAGAGUGCAGCUAAACCAGUUUGAGUCCUCAAACGAUGACAUUGUUAGAAUGAGCAUUUUGGCGUCAUAACUUUCCAGAGAAUUUCAUAUGACUGUCAUUUAUAAAUUCUGCUUGCUUAUUUUGGCUUUAAUUUUUAUAUAUUUAUGUAUGUGUUUGACUAUCAAUAUAUACAAACAUAUUUAUAAAAACACAUACAUAAAUAUAUACCUAUAUGUAUACAUUUGUUUCUGCGAACACAUAUAUACAAAGUUCAGCACAGUUGUUUUUCUCUACUCUGAGCCUCCUCAUGCCUCACAAAGGAUACUGUCUUUGCCGUUUUGCAUCUUCCAAAUGAAGCAGAUUUAUACGCAUUAUGGGACGUGGCUUCUGUUUGCAGAGCAGUGUAGGGGGGAACUCUGUCAUAGAAAAGAUCUUUCACAGUUCAAUGGGCAUUAUUUCAAGGAAAACACAGUAAAGGCAGUUGUAAGGUAGAAUCAGCUAUCUUAACAAAUGUUCACAUUCUCUGUUAUAAUGGCGCUGCAGAAAUUAAUAGUAAAAUAAGCAAAGAAAACAAAAAAAAGACAAAGCACAAAAAAAGCUUAUUUGAAGAAAGCACUUACAGUUGGAGGAAGGCAACUAAAGCGGAGCCUCUGGUUUAGCCCUAUUUCCCAAACUCCUUUUCUUCCAUCCGAGGCUUCAGUGGUAUUACAGCAGUGAGAGAUAGCAGAAGUCUGAGUUUUGUUAAACGCAAACAUCAGUAUAUUUACAAAUGAGAAAUAAAGAAUUAUCAGAUUAUUUUUCUAAUCGCACCCAAGGCCGCUUACAUCUGAUUUGGAUUUGUUGCUUAGUUUGACAAAACAGAAAGUUCUUAGCCCAUAAUGACCAAAGGCUACAAUUUUCCAAUUGGGUGCCAUCUAAUUGUAACUGCACCGAGGGCUGGAGAGUCCUAAAACGCAAACGCGGUCAGCCCUAUACUGCAACAGGAAGAUAUUAUGAGAUUCUUUAUUGUUAGCACUUAAACUUGCUUUUAUUAUCACCAAGAUUUCUUUAAAGUUAUGUUAUGGCCCAUUUAAAAUCCUCAGUGGUAAUUUGUUAAUGGUUUAGAACCUCACCUAAAUCAAUAUCUAGACUUGGUGGUAUCUAGACCAGUUGCGAAUACACUUGGUAUAAGAUAUUUUGUGGUUGUACAUGCAAAAAAUGGGCUAAGACUUGCAAUAUUUAGUUGUGAAUCAGUUACCGUGGUUAUAUAUUUGCCACAUCAUGUGGGAUCCAAUUGUUUAUUAUUUAUUGACAUUAAUCACAAUGCUAUGAUUAUGGCAAAGUCGAAGGAAAAUAGUUGAACAAACAAUUGGAAUUCCCGAUUCUGCUGAGUACAUGCUGAUAGCUUUGAGACCCUCUCAUCGUUCCAAGAUGGAUUUCUAAGAUGGAUCUGAGACGAAAUCAUAGGACAGUUGAUCUUGUGUGAGUUUGCACUAUAUGGAACAAGUGACGUUUGUCAUUUUCCAUAAAAAUGUACAUGUAAUAGCGCUUCCUAUUCACUCCAAGGAACAGGGGAACCGCCCUACUGCAGACAGGUAACCCCUUCUUUGUUAGAAAGGCAGAAAAAAAUGAAGUCCUGUAGACACUUUCCAUGGUCUUGGGGCUAAGUAUGGUCCAUGCUGUAGCAUGUAUCUCUUUAACAUAUAACUGUUGUUUAUUAAGCUGUAUUUACUGAAACUAUAAUGAACCCCAUUGUGCAAAAGUACAAUGAUGACUUUUUAUUGAUAAAUAAAUGUUCCUGCAGCGCUUCCAGUUUUAGGAACCAUCUGUUUUAGAGAUGUGCAGAUGGCAGCUGUUCUCCUUGAGGAUGAUGGGGCUUCUAGCUGGACGACAGUCCGAGGGCCUCGUAUUGGAGAUCCCUCUUACAGAUUUAUCAGACAAUCCAUGUUCUCAUAUCAUCACAGGUGGAAUGGCCUUGCGUAUCUCUUAGGGCUAGCAGCAACUACCAGCUUCAGACAUUGCUUUAUCGUGUAUCUACAUUUGCUUCAAUUGUAUAGAUGUAUAUGUCUCAGGUCUUUAUCUUGUUUGCACUUCAACUUUUUGAGCGAUCUGUAAAAAUAAGUUCAAGCGUUUGGUGUGGCCAAUAUGGUAAAGUCAGAACAAGGGUGUAAAAAAAACAAAACAUCCCUUUCCUAUUGUUUUUUGUAGUUAUAUGUGACAAUUUAAAGGGGAUGGAGUUGUUGCCCUUCCCUUGGAGGCUGUUGUCAUUUGGGUUUUGUUCAAUGUAUAAUUGGGCUCUUUGCUGCCAAAAGGGCCACAGUGCUUUGCAGAGCUUCAAAGAGGUUGUUUGUUCCAUUUGUGUGUUUUUUUUUUUUUUUCCUUUUGGUUUUACAGGGAUAUCACAAUAAUCAUCUUUGUUCAAUCACAGGGACUCUCGGACACAAAAGUAAUAGAUCAUACAUUUAAAAGGUCCCUUACAAGCCUUAAAACAUGCCUAAUGCUUCAGAAAACCAAUUAUGCAGGCAUGCGUAGGUGUUUGCACUCAUUUCUUUUCAUUUUAAACAUCAAAUGGUCACAAAAAACAUUGGAUAAUUUUCUUCAAUUGGAGUGACCCCUAGUGUGAGCUCAGGGAAAAAACAACACAGGUCAGAUACCGUAAAAUUAUAAUAAUCAGUUGUCAAGUUUCAUUCAGUUCUUCAAAUUUGGGGACGUUUCUGCAGCCCCCAAAACCUCUCUAACUUUACAGCAAAGCAAAAUUACAGAGAAGGUUAUGUUAAAAAUGCCAAAGAGUUUACUUCAACACAUAUAUCAACAACUCAACCCAGCUAGCAGGAUGGACAUUACCAGAUAUCAGGGAAGAAGAGAAACAAUAAGCUAAGUUGGACCACAUGAGCUCACAGCAACCACCAAUAUUGCAGGCUGCUUUGUGUAGAUGCUGUGUCUUGUCUGCCGUGACUCCAAGCCCUGCUGUUUUGCUUUAAAUCACAUAGGCCUCUUUUCCAAUGGAGGUUUUCUCUAAAUCCCUCUGGGAGCAUCAAGACCAGCAGUUCAAGGGGUUAAAACUGUACCCCUGCAGUUACAUUUUCUUAAAGGAUAAGUCGAAUAGCAGGGUAAAAAACCCUUUGUCACGACAUUUCAAUUACCUAUUACGUUGUUAUGUGAUAAUAAAACAUGCACGGGUUUUCUGUCAUGUGACAACUGUCGAUUU